AGUAUUGACUAUUUGCAUGUCGUUUCCGGUUUCAGGACUUUUAAGCAGCGUGCUCCUUCUGGCUGAUCGCGAAGUAUUGUUUCCUCGUGUUACGUGCCAAGCCUUGAUAUAUAUAUUCUGAUUUAGACGUUUAUGUGUAUGAUCCCUGCCUGUUUCCCGGUUCUACGAUUAUCGGUUUCUGUUUUGGUUUUGUUCGCUCAGUAUUUGCUUUUCCGGUUUUGACCUUUUGCCUGCCUUCCCGUUUCUGAUUCUGCCUGCUGUUUAUUAAUAAAUCUGCAUAUGGAUUCUACCUCAGCGCGUCGUUACAAUAACACAAAAAUUUUUCUUUCACUCAUGGUUAGUGGUUGGCUGAAGCCAUUUAUUGUCAAACAACUUUUUAAAUCAUAAUGACAACAGAAACUACCCAAAUGACCCUGAUCAAAAGUUUACAUACCCUGGUGAUUUUGGCCUGAUAACAUGUACACAAGUUGACACAAAUGGGUUUGAAUGGCUAUUAAAGGUAACCAUCCUCACCUGUGAUCUGUUUGCUUGUAAUUAGUGUGUGUGUAUAAAAGGUCAAUGAGUUUCUGGACCCUUGCAUCUUUCAUCCAGUGCUGCACUGACGUUUCUGGAUUCUGAGUCAUGAGGAAAGCAAAAGAAUUGGCAAAGGAUCUACAGGAAAAGGUAGUUGAACUGUAUAAAACAGGAAAGGGAUAUAAAAAGAUAACCAAGGAAUUGAGAGUGCCAAUCAGCAGUGUUCAAACUCUAAUAAAGAAGUGGAAAAUGAGGGGUUCUGUUGAAACCAAACCACGGUCAGGUAGACCAACUAAAAUUUCAGCCACAGCUGCCAGGAAAAUUUGUUCAGGAUGCAAAGAAAAACCCACAAAUAACUUCAGGUGAAAUACAGGACUCUCUGAAAAAAUGUGGUGUAGCUGUAGAUGCACAAUAAGGAGGCACUUGAAGAAAGAUGGGCUGCAUGGUCGAGUUGCCAGAAGAAAGCCAUUACUACGCAAAUGCCACAAAGUAUCCCGCUUACAAUACGCCAAACAGCACAGAGACAAGCCUCAAACCUUCUGGCACAAAGUCGUUUGGAGUGAUGAGACCAAAAUUUGGCCACAACCAUAAACGCUACAUUUGGAGAGGAGUCAACAAGGCCUAUGAUGAAAGGUACACCAUUCCUACUGUGAAACAUGGAGAUGUUUUGGGGAUGUGUCAGCUACAAAGGCACAGGAAAUUUGGUCAAAAUUGAUGGGAAGAUGAAUGCAGUAUGUUAUCAAAAAAUACUGGAGGAAAAUUUGCACUCCUCAGCCCAGAAGCUGCGCAUGGGACAUAUUUGGACAUUCCAACAUGACAAUGAUCCAAAACACAAGGCCAAGUUGACCUGUCAUUGGCUACAGCAGAAUAAAGUGAAGGUUCUGGAGUGGCCAUCUCAGUCUCCUGACCUCAGUAUCAUUGAGCCACUCUGGGGAGAUCUCAAACGUGCAGUUCAAGCAAGACAGCCCAAGAAUUUACAGGAACUGGAGGCUUUUUGCCAAGAAGAAUGGGCAGCUUUACCAUCUGAGAAGAGAAAAGAGCCUCAUCCACAACUACCACAAAAGACUUCAAGCUGUUAUUGAUGUUAAAGGGGGCAAUACAUGGUAUUAAGAACUGGGGUAUGUAAACUUUUCAUCAGGGUCAUUUGGGUAGUUUCUGUUGUCAUUAUGAUUUAAAGAGUAAACACAGUUGAUUGAUAAUAAAUGGCUUCAGCCAAACACUAACCAUGAGUGAAAGAAAAGUUUGUGUUAUCAUUUAUAUUCUCUGAAAAAUGGCCAAGAAAUCAUAAAUUCUGCCAGGAAAGAACAAAAAACAUGGAUAGCAGAAGAGGAAAUGGGCCAAAAGGUUCAUUGCAAAAGGUUUGUCUAUUAAAAAUAUCUGUUGCCUGAGGAAAAAAACUUUACAAGUGUCUCAGAAAUGUCAGUUUUAUUAAAGUAGGUCAACCAAGCUGACAAUCUGGGGGGAAAAACAAAAGGCUGCAAGGAAUGAAAUACAACUGUGACACAAAAAUGUGCACCUAGAGUUGGACUAAAAGAUCCUGGCAAGUUGAAUGGGAUCCAAGAACCAAAACACCAGAGACAGAUUAAAAAGCUAAUAAUUAUUAGUAACUCUAAGAAAAGUUAGCCAUUCUUGCUUGCACAUUUAGGCGCCGAAAGUGUCACGUGCAUUAGAUCCAAACUCUCUUGUCUCCAUAACCAUGAUCACCUGGUCAAACACAUGAUUUGUUUCACCUGACUCAUUAAUUUCAUGUGAUUUUCUACAAUUAUAUUUUUUUCUUGUGAUUCUUUCAUGAUAGUUUAUUUUCCCCAUUUAUUCUUUUCAGUUAUCACUAAUUCUUUUUAUAGACUUUGUGAUUUGAAUUGUAAUUCAUUUAAUUUCACGGGUGGGUUUUCCGUUAGAUAUAUAGGGCAUAAAAGAUUAUUUUAAAAAAAUUAUAUCGGUUUAUCUGCAUUAAGCCAUAAUUCAUAAUUUAUUACUUAAACGUUAGAUAGUUAAUAAGCUAGCACCUUUCACCUGUGAACACAUGGCAUUUAUUCACGUAAAACCUUCAAAAUGUAGGAAUAAAUAAGUGCCAGAGUUGUCUCGCUGUUCUGAUGAGCAGGCCUCCUGUCACAUUUCAGUGGAUAAAACCAUCACAAACGCUGAAGCGCAGCUAAGGAGGAAACAGGAUUCAGCACUCGGUCUGUCAGAGCUUUGAAAAACCACCCCCACACAAGGAACAUGAAGAAGUAACCUGCUGUGCGUGAGCCAAUCCGCAUAUCGUCGGAGAACAGAUGAUGAGCAGUUCUAGUGAGAAGUACAAAAGUUGUCUGGAGUUUUGGGUCGUUUUAUUUGUUAACAUGCAUAUCUGGUGAUUGUGUUUGUGCGUAAGGCGCGCGUUAAUGCGCUUAAAGGAACGUCACGCGCGCCAGGCUCGAGCGCAGAAGACAGUUCGAAGGUAAAAUCGGUGUGUAGUGUUAUAAAAAGUGUGUAUGUGUAUGAGUGUGUGUGAAAGGCACAGAGGGUCAGAGUGGCUAAUGGCAAAGAGGAAAGUGUUUUCUGACGGAAACUGUUUCAGGCGACUGACAGAUGAGCGGAAAGCUCUCAGUCGAAGUUGCCCCCGUGGUGGGGGCUCGUGCUGAAGCGGGGACGCGCGUUGCGCUGAGGAGAGGCACCGGAUCUUUACAGAAAUGCCCACCAACCUCACCACUUCUGCCAACCACACAGCACAGCACUCAGAGACGAACUACAACUUUCCCGCACUCAUAUUUGGGAUAUUGCUGAUCGUUGUGAUUAUUUGCGGGAACCUGCUCGUGUGCCUCAGCGUGUACAAAGAAAAGGCUUUAAAAACUACAACCAAUUACUUUAUAGUAAGUUUAGCCGUCGCGGACCUUCUCCUCGCAGUGCUGGUUCUACCCCUGUUUGUGUACGCAGAGUUCCAAGAUGGAGUUUGGUCCCUGAACAUGACCAUAUGUGAUGGCUUGAUGACCAUGGACGUGAUGCUGUGUACUGCCUCCAUAUUCAACCUCUGCGCAAUCAGCAUUGACAGGUUUAUUGCUGUGUCCGUCCCACUCAAUUACAACCGCAAACAUGUGGACCAGCGGCAGAUUGUCCUGCUGUCUGCCACGUGGAUCCUGGCACUAGCCGUGGCCUCGCCUGUGCUGUUUGGCAUCAACAAUGUGCCAAAUCGGGACCACAGCGAGUGCAAGCUGGAAAAUAACAACUAUGUGGUCUACUCAUCUGUCUGCUCAUUCUUUGUGCCCUGCCCCAUCAUGCUGCUGCUGUACUGUGGAAUAUUUCAGGGUCUCAGGAGGUGGGAGGAGGCGAGGAAAGCCAAGCUGAAGAGCAGUACGCAGGCCUGUCAGAAAUUUGAGGAGCCACCUGCAUCUCUCCCGCCACUGGCUUGUCUACCACCACCUCUUCCCCCUGUCAUAGAGAAUGACUUUACAGACUUUAAUCUGAAAGAGACAAACCAGGAUCCUGUCCCUGACAGUCCUUAUACUAUAGAAUGUAAGAAUGGUCCUGUAGCCUCUCUGACCUUUUCUGAUAGUGGUUACAACCAAGAUCAGAACCAGGAGAAGAAGAGGGCGAAGAUUAAUGGAAGGGAGAGGAAGGCCAUGAGGGUGCUUCCUGUCGUUGUGGGUGCCUUCCUGUUUUGCUGGACUCCAUUCUUUGUGGUGCACACAAUGCGUGCUCUGUGUGAGGAUUGCGACAUUCCCAGCAGUCUCAUUAGCAUUGUCACAUGGUUGGGUUACGUUAACAGUGCCAUCAACCCCAUCAUCUAUACUGUCUUCAAUACAGAGUUCAGAAAGUUCUUCAGGAAUUUUUUACCCAAAUGCUGCUAGACACAUUACAUGCCUAACGCUCAUUUGGCCAGCAUGCUCCGAGCCUGACUAUGAUUGUAAAUUAAGGCAGUGCUUACAUCUUGUAUAUAGAAGAAUGUGUAUUUUGUGAUCACAUUGCUUUACAUUGUUUUUCAUUUACACUUGAAUUGAAAUGCUAUAACAGCAGAUUUCAGUGGGAUGCUUCAUAGGUUUUUGCAUGUUGAACAUGACUGAUGGUCUUUUUAUACAUCUCAAAAUUUCAUGACUAAAUCACAGUGACCUUGACCAAGACAAAAUAUUUACUUAAGAUGAGUGAAUGAACAAUUGACAUGAGCCCUUGGCCUUUCCAUGAGCUUCCCACAUGCAGAGUUAAAAACAACAUGCUCCAGCUUUUCUUUUUUGGUUCCUGUAAGAUCUUCUACUGUGACCUGACUAGAGAUAUGAAUUUAAUAUUUGACCACACUGAAACCCAAAUGAAUCUGCACUGAGAGAAACAUGAGGUUUUCCACAAAUUCUUAAAAUCUAUUUCCUUGUUGAUUAAAUAUAUGUAACCAUCCACCAUAGGCCUGUGUGGCUGUAGAUUUUUAUUCAAACCAAGUAACACGAUUUCCUGAUUCUCACACACAUUAAGGAACUGCUGCUUUUUAUUCUUUACAAUACACUGGAGGCACAGUGGCUUAGCGUGUUUGCCUAACAAGGAGGAGUUCGUAUGCUUUUCUUAUGCUUUAGGGGUUUUCCCUGGAUACUCCAGUUUCUUGCCCCAGUCCAGAGACAUGUGUUAUAGACUGAUUGGCAUCUCUAAAUUGUCCAGUGUGUGUGUGUGUGUGUUUGUAAUUUGUGAUGGAUUGCCAUCCUAUCCAGAUAGGCUCCCUGUGAGCCUGUGUAGGAUAAGCGCUACAGAAAAUGGAUGGAUGCAUGUACUUGCAAAAGUUAAAAAAGUUCCCUAUUAUCAUUUUCUUAUCUCUCUUUUAAUGUCAAGAUUGGUAUUCUAAAAGCAGUUACAACGUCUAUUGAAGGUCAAAAUAAAAAUGUGGAACAUUUUAGUAGGGAGGAGUGCUGAUUUUGAUGAAUUUAUUACAAGCAGGACACCAGUUCUUAUUAUAUUCAGGCAAAGAUCAUGCCACAUGUACCCUGCUCUUACAAACUUGAUGAAACAGGCACUGGCAAGUGAUGACUCCAUUGAUGUGAGUGCCACUUAAAGUUACUGGUCAUAUUCUGUGACUGGACUGUUAACCAAAAUCAAACAUCUGGCUCUGUGUAAGCUUGCAUACCAGAGUGAGAAACAGGAUCUUGUUCACUGGUGCACUUUACAAACCGAGGCGCAGAUCACUUCGGUCACUUCUCUGCCCAAUGAUCAUUGUAAAACAGUCAGCGGGGGAACUCCACUGCUGUUCUCUGAUGAAUCUGUCCAGGAAAAAUUGAUUUCACUGACCUCUGCCAAGAAACCAGUCAGUUUACUUAUUUGGAGGCACUUAUUUGGACACUUCAAAAGAAAAGAAACGUUUUAGGAGUCCCCAAAGGCCAAAAGUAAACCCUCUGCUCAAAGUCACUGAAGCAUGGAUUUGCAGCAGGAGAAAAACAGCACCACCAUCUCGGCAACUUUCUCUUAAUUUGUGGAUUGAGAAAUUUGAUAUUAUAAAAGCACUAAACUACACAAAUGUAACAACAGAAGAGAUAAAUGAAUACAAAGCAAGAGGAAAUAAUACUACAGUUUAGCAUGAAAUGAUGCGUCACAGAGUCUCACUGGCACAGGGUGAAUGAGCUGCCACAUUCAGUGCCUCCUGCUGGGCUGAUGCAAAUACAGACAGAAAAUCAAAGGGACACAAAGCAUUAUGCAUGUUUGUGUUUUGUGUUGAGGUUUAGUACACAGUUGAAAUCCAAGACUGUGUUGACUGAUGAAAGUGAUUUAACUGAAACACUGCUUCCCAAAUAAUUUUAACACAAGGUGAAACACCAAAUUUAGUUUUGUUCCUUUUGACCCAAUAUUUCCUCAUUCCUGGCAUGUGCGUCCAGGAAAGCAACAAAAGGGAGUUGACCUUGAUAUUACAAUACACAGAGUGGUGAAGAGAAUAAAUUAUAGCCGACUCAUGAACGCCUGGAGGUGGAUUCAACUAAACAACCCUACAUAGCCACCUAAAGUCAGUUCCCAUCAGUGAGUCACAAUAUCAUAAAUGCAAAGACUAAUCUUAAGAUAGCACACUGACAGCACAACAUUGAAAGUGACAGAUUCAUUUGGUAAAUAUUUAAUUGAUAAAGAUGAAGCAUUCUUGUGAUAUGUCAAGCAUUGCAGUUCAAGCCAUAGCACUUUAUAAUGAAUCAAAACUACUGCUUUUUUUGUUUUGUUUUUUUGUUACAUAUGAUGGUACAUGAACUCACCCUGUUCUUUCAUCACCAAUGCAUUAUGGCUAGUCAUUAUAACUAGAAACACCAAUAAACUCCACUGCCAUUAAUCUAUCUGGAUCAUGGAUCACUAUAAAGCUAAAUCAUAGAUGAAUACGUUUGCUACUGGACGAAAGAGUCAAAACCUCAACAUGCACUAAACCUCUGAUAAAGAUUUUUAUUUGGUAAAUGAUGUUCCUCAUCAGAAAUGUCAAACACUCCAUUUUUAGAUAUUCAGGCUGCAUGCUGUGGUGAAUCUGUCCAGUCGAGCAUGUGCAGUUCAUCAGCUCAGGAUUAAUAUGGAUGAAGCCAGCUGUGUGGCAGUGGAUGACACCUCAGAGAAAAGCCCAGGUAAUCUCUGUUACGUGCCAGUCAUUAAAUAAUGGCCAUUUCAGUAAUGUUCAUAAGUAAUCACCAGCCACUUUAAUAGGAACACCUGUACCCCUGCUUGUUCAUGCAAUUAUCCAAUCUGUCGAACAUGUGGCAGCAGCAAUGCAAUGCAUAAAAUCAUGCAGAUACAAUCAAGAGCUUCUCAUUUUGUGUUUCUGUGUUUGAUGAUCAGAAUAGACAAAAAAAGUGAACACAGUGAUUUUCACUGUGGCAUUAUUGUUAGUUUGAGGAUUUCACAAACUGCAGAUCUCUUCAGAUUUUCACACACAACAGUCUGUUGUGGAUGACAAAGAUAAGAGGAGGAUAACCAGAUCUAGGUCCAGGAAGUCUAUGGCAAAUCAAAUAACAAGAAACCAAGAACAAGUAUCAUAUGGUACAGUAAGCACAGAUACAUGAAAAUUUUUGGUCAAUCUGUCCUGUCUCAUUUAACCUGUGAUUUUGCUGUUUAUCAAAUGUUUCUUCAUUCUGAUGUUUGAGGUAAACAUGAACUCACUUGUUCCUGCAUGGUGUUUGCUGCCAAAUAAUUGCCUGACUGGAUGUAUAGAUAGAUAACAAGUGUUCUUAAUAAAGUGUCAGUAGUUGUAUGUCAGUAUUCAGAAUUUUAAAAUGGAAAAUUGUCAUAUUUAUAAUUUAUCUUCAUCCAUUCAUACAACUGCUUUAUCCUGCUUAGGUAGGGAAGAUAUGUAUAAACAAAUUUUACACUAUGAAAAAGAUGGAAGACAUUUAGCUGGAAAGUCUUAAUUACCCCACCCCUAGACUUUUUGGAAACCACAGAUGGAUGUAUGGAUGGAUAGACAGGUUCCACUUCAUUUAUCAUCAUAUGUUAAUAAUGUAUGUAGUGGCGUAAUCAGAGCAGCUCUAAAUAGAGUUUUGCAUUUGUUUAUAUAAUUUAUAUUCAGUUCUCCAAUUAUGGAAGUGUGAGGACAUUUUCACAAGCAGCCAAAUAAGGAUAAAAUAAACACUGCAGUUGGGUUACUGUAGGCUAGCCUGCUAAAUUUUGAUGCAUGAGACACAGCAUGAUAGAACAGACACACACACACACACACAGAGAGUAAAUGUUAGACGUCUCUUUUGUUUCGUAAGAUUGUUAAAGUUCCACACAACAAACUAUCAUUCAUGUUCCUAACUGCAGUAAAUGUAACACUACAUUAGUGUGUCAGUCAGCAAAACAUUUUAAUUAAACUUGCAGAACAUUUCAGUUUUGAGUGAUUCAAACCAACUCACUUAAUACUAUCAGUAAUAAUCAAUGAUGGUAGUUGUUACACAUCAAAUUGCACUUUGACAUGUUAUUCGUUUAAUUAAAAAUACUAUCAAAUGUGCAAGGCAUAAACAAAGUCUUAUAUUGUGUUUCUUUCUGCUCACCUCUUAUUUCUCAAAUGACAUCAUGCUUCCUUUUCCUGACUUUCCUGGCUUGUGGAUUGAUGUGUAUUAACCAUAUCAAUCUUUUUAAUCACAUAAAUUUUUUUUGUGUGUUAAGACCGAUUUCCUCAUCUUAGAUGUUUCCUUUCAGUCUCUGGCAUUAGAGUAUGCUCCUCUAGGAAUGUAGCACAAAAAGUCUUUUUAAAAAUGUGUCCUGUCUUUGUUUAAGCAAAACAUAU